UGUACAGGUCGUCUCGUACUCUGUCCACUGGUUGUACGUUUCCAUCGCUUGUUCAGUUCUUUACGCACCGUCGACGGGUUGAGAGUUUGGUUGAAUUUUGUGCUUCGUUUUGUUUGAAAUAGAAACAGAUAACAGUCGCAGCUAGUGGUCGUAGAUUAUGGAUCGAAAUCACGUUUGGGGAACCUGUAUGAACGGAGAAGUUGAAAUCAUACUUUAUGAUGAUGAGAAAUAUCGCGAGCAGUCGAUGGGUGUGCUGAGAAAGUCUUUUUUCCUGAAUGAAAUGGUUUGCAUCGGGGCCGAAGUUAAUCUGGAUCUGCAGGCUCAGAAGGACUUGGAGCAACUUUGCUUGGAUGUGGGACGCAGUGGGGUAUCGCUGAUUGCGAGACAUGUUUCUAGUGGCGAGAUUGUGGGUGUAUCGUUUAAUGUUCUACAGACCCCAAGCGCCCCGGGUGAUUUGAACUACUUUGAAACGUUUCGCGAUGAGCAUUGCAUCUCGGAGAGCUCGAAAUGUCUCAUGAAUUACAUGAUAACGAUGGAUUCGAAGGUGAACCUGUUCGAAAAAUUCAACAUCGAUUGCCUUCUUGAGAUCAUGUUUCUUGCUACACUACCCGAAUAUGAGGGUAAAGGCAUCGCCUCGAAGCUGGUUAACUGUUCCGUGGACUUCGCGAAGCUCUUGAAAGCCGGACAGGCCACCGAAUAUUUGCCGGAAGAUGAAAGGCACAAGCGUCCAAUGUUGGUGUCGGCGUUGUUCACAUCGAGAAUAUCGCAACGCGUUGGCGCUAAAACUGGCUUCACUCAAAUCAAUGAAGUUCCUUACGACGAAUUCGUUUUCCGUGGCAAAUCAUUCACGGAACGAAUCGGUCCAGCGCAUCCUACAUCGAUUCUAGUGGCUAAAGAUAUUUAAGCGAUUACGAUGAUUGCGGCAAACAACUACACUCCCAUGUGAUGAUAAUUUAAAAGACGUUAUUCAAAUUAUGUUGUGUUCAAAAACCCCAUUUUCAACGAAAGCUUUCACUGUGCAUAUUGAUUUAUAAGAUGUGAGCUACCUAUAGCAAUUGUAAUCCUAUCGUAGGAGGCUGGAAUUGGGGUCAACAAACAAAAUUCGUGAAUUAGCAUAUCGUCGUUAGGCAAGCAGCACGGUUGAUUAAAAAAACUCGUAACGCAGGCCUCUGUACGCAAAUGAUAGCAGCGCUGUUGUUAAAUAAGUGAUAGUGAUAACAAUUGAAAUUCAAAAUCACUCGCAUACGACGUAACACAUAGCGAAUUGUCAAUUAUGUUUAUCAGUUUUAAGUUACACCUGCAAAAUAAAGAUGAUGAUUCUGUUUCAUCUGCAUACAGUCGAACCUGGAGAAGCAAGAAACCUCUAUACGUGAAAAAUGCCUCUUAAAGUGCGAAUGUGAAACUACCGAUAACCGAGAGUCAUUUUCUUGACAAGAAUAAAG